AUGACCCAUGUUCCCCAACGGAGUUGCCAUUGUGGAAGGGCGCCAGCCAAUAGGAAGCCGCGAUCCAGCCAAUAUGACAUCGACAAAAAAACUGUUGGCACAUCCCUGAUAAACACACAGAUUAGUGUGUGCUGCCGUACUUCUCAGUAUUUCUCCCAGUUUAGAUCCGCGUUUCCCUUUCGCUGCUCCCCUCCGAUCCCCAAUAAGGCCGGCAGCAUGGAGGAGACGCCGCCGCAGCCUCAGGCGGCGCACGCAUCUCCUCCGUUCCCGGCGAUCUUCACCCCUCCGAGCGCUCUCUCCUCGACGUCCUUGCGGGGCAGCCCCACCGUCCCCAGCCCCGCGCACUUCAGCACGCCACCGGGCCCGCCCGUCUUCUCCUCGCCGCUGCGCCCCGCCGCCGUGCCAUUCCGCACCACCCCGAUCUCCCCUCAGGCGGUACCCUUGGCCUCCCGCACCGCCUCCUCAUCGUCCUCCGUCUCCCUCCCCACAUCCUCCGAGCCGCACACCAUGAACGGCGCGGCCACCCCUCACAGCCACGCGCCCUCCGUGGCGCCGUCUCUGGAGGACUCCAGCAUCGACUCCCCAUACGUCCUCUUCUCUGCCCGCAAGGUCCUGAAGCAGAAGAAACUGCUGAAUGCCCCUAGCUUGGGGUUCGGAGCUCUUGUUUCACCAGGGAGGGAGGUAUCGCCAGGUCCCGAAGCCUUGGAGCGUGAUCCCCGCCGGUGCCUGAACUGUGGGGCUUAUGUGAAUUUGUACUGUGAUGUGUUGAUUGGCUCUGGGCAAUGGCAGUGUGUCAUUUGCAAAAAGCUGAACAGCAGUGAGGGGGAAUUUGUGGUCUCCAGCAAGCAGGACCUGGUUCAGUGGCCAGAGCUCAUGUCCUCGACUGUCGAUUAUGUGCAUCCAAGGAAUAGGCGGCCAGGCUUGAUCCCGGUGCCUGUCUUGAGGGUCUCUGGUCCCAUUUUUAUUCUCAUAGAUGAGUGUCUUGAUGAGGCGCACCUGCAGCAUCUACAGGGCUCCUUGCAUGCAUUUGUGGAUUCGCUCCCUCCUACAGCAAGGAUUGGAAUCAUCUCCUAUGGUAGAACUGUCUCUGUGUAUGAUUUUUCGGAAGGGGCGGCGGUGUCAGCGGAUGUGUUACCCGGUAGUAAGUCGCUUGCCCAAGAGUCAUUGAAGGUGCUAAUCUACGGGACAGGGGUGUAUUUGUCUCCUAUACAUGCUUCGCUGCCUGUUGCACACACAAUAUUCUCAUCCCUGAGACCCUAUCAGUUUAGUGUGGCGGAAGUAUCGAGGGACCGAUGCCUUGGUGCAGCGGUGGAGGUUGCCCUUGGUAUUAUUCAAGGGCCGUCAGCGGAGUUGUCUCGUGGAAUCAUCAAGAGAUCAGGAGGCAACUGCAGGAUCUUGGUGUGUGCUGGUGGCCCCAACACGUUUGGACCAGGAUCAACACCUCAUUCUGUUCAGCACCCAAACUAUGCUUACCUGGAGAAGACAGCUAUGAAGUACAUGGAGAGUCUUGGUCAUGAAGCACGGAGACACAGUACCAUCGUUGACAUUCUUUGUGCUGGAACAUGCCCUGUGAGGGUUCCUGUCCUACAGUCACUGGCGAAGUGUUCUGGUGGUGUGCUUUUACUUCAUGAUGAUUUUGGAGAGGCCUUUGGGGUCAACUUGCAGAGGGCGUCAACUAAAGCAGCUGGCUCUCAUGGCUUAUUUGAGAUUAGAUGUUCAGAUGGCAUGCUUGUCACUCAAGUAAUUGGUCCUGGUGAAGAGGCUUCUCCUGAUUCUCAUGAAACAUUCAAGCAUGACACUUCAUUUUGUAUCCAGAUGCAUAGUGUUGAGGGGACACAGAGUUUUUCCGUGUCUUUGGAGACAAAGGCGGAUAUCAGGAAUGAUUUCAUUUACUUCCAGUUUGCAGUCCGUUACUCUAAUGUGUAUCAAACAGAAAGCACAAGGGUGAUCACUAGCAGGCUGCAAACGGUUGAUAGUUUGUCUGCAUAUCUUUCAAGUGUGCAAGAAGAUGUAGCUUCAGUAAUCAUUGGUAAGAGAACUGUCUUGCGCGCCAGGACUGCCUCCGAUGCUCUUGAUAUGAGGCUCACAAUUGACGAAAGAAUUAAGGACAUAGCUCUCAAAUUUGGUACCCAGGUUCCAAAAUCAAAGCUUUAUCGGUUCCCAAAAGAGCUGUCAUCACUCCCUGAGUGUUUGUUUCAUUUGAGAAGGGGGCCACUCUUAGGUAGCAUAAUAGGACAUGAAGAUGAAAGAUCAGUUCUGAGGAGUUUGUUCUUGAAUGCAUCAUUUGACCUCUCGCUCCGUAUGCUUGCACCUCGUUGUAUAAUGCAUCGAGAAGGUGGCACAUUUGAGGAGCUGCCAGCAUAUGAUCUGACCAUGCAAUCUAAUUGUGCAGUGGUACUGGAUCAUGGAACAGAUAUUUUCAUCUGGUUGGGUGCUGAACUAGCAACCCAAGAAGGACAAACUGCAGCAGCUUUGGCAGCAUGCCGUACGCUGGCAGAAGAGCUAAGUGAACUCCGUUUUCCAGCUCCCAGGAUACUUUCAUUCAGAGAAGGGAGCUCUCAGGCUAGAUACUUUGUCUCACGCCUGAUCCCAGCUCACAAGGACCCUACUUAUGAGCAGGAGUCGAGAUUUCCUCAGCUACGGACCCUUGCUCCUGAACUGAGGGCCAGGCUAAAGAGCUGCUUCAUCCACUUUGAUGACCCUAGCUUUUGCGAGUGGAUGCGCAGCCUCAAAUUGGUCCCGCCGGAACCAAGCUAA